ACAACUCUAAAAUCCAUCUAUCCUGUUGAAGUUGCUUGUCUAGGAAAGGCGUGAACACGGAAAACUUGCAGUCAGCUCUGUGGGUUUUAUUAUUCUUGGAUUUCCAAGUGAAGAGAAUUACAGGAGAGCCUGGAGUUGCUAUUGAUUAAAGUACAGUGAUUCUUCCCCUUUCCUGUGACUUUUAAAACUUCGGUAGUGUGAACUUUGCUUUACAUGGUUCCUUGAGAAUUUUGCAAUGUCAGCCAUAACCUUUGAACUGGAUUACCUUUCUCCCAAAGGAUUCAGACAUGAGCAGACUUCCAGCUCUGAUUUUACUUCAACCUGUUUAACUGAACUCUCUGGUGAUUCCAGCGGAUUGGAUCUUCAGUACUCCACUUCUGUCCCCACUGGUAUGAAUGUAAGCAAAAGUGAGAUAACGAAGGAAACUUCAUUAAAACCGUCUCGGAGAUCCUUGCCUUGCCUUGCGCAGAGCUAUGCUCAUUCAAAGAGUUUGAGCCAAUCUACCUCGCUCUUCCAGUCAACCGAGAGUGAAUCUCAGGCUCCCACUGCUGUGACCUUAAUCUCUGCUGACAAAGCAGAGCAAGUUAACCCUGAGGAGAAUGAAAAAGACUCUGUGCUCAAAUGUUCCUUUGCUGAUCUCAGUGAUUUUUGCUUAGCCCUAGGAAAAGAUAAGGAUUAUAUGGAUGAAUCAGAGCAUGCUAACUAUGAUCGAUCUCGUCUCAUUAAUGACUUUGUUAUCAAAGACAAACCUGAAUCCAAAGCAAAAUUAUCUAAGAAUGACAUGAAUUACGUAGCCUCUAGUGGACUUCUAUUCAAAGAUGGCAAAAAGCGAAUUGACUACAUCCUGGUUUAUAGAAAGACAAAUAUACAAUAUGGCAAAAGAAAUACAUUUGAAAAGAACCUCAGAGCAGAAGGCUUGAUGUUGGAAAAGGAGCCAGCUAUUGCAAACCCUGAUAUCAUGUUCAUUAAAAUCCACAUCCCCUGGGACACGUUGUGCAAGUAUGCAGAGAGGCUGAAUAUCAGGAUGCCCUUCAGGAAAAAAUGCUAUUACACGGAUCGGAGGAGUAAAUCAAAGGGCAGGAUGCAAAAUUAUUUUAAAAGAAUAAAGAAGUGGAUGUCCCAAAAUCCAAUGGUUCUUGACAAGUCAGCUUUUCCAGACUUGGAGGAGUCAGACUGCUACACUGGCCCCUUCAGCAGAGCACGGAUUCACCACUUCAUAAUAAACAAUAAGGACACAUUCUUCAGCAAUGCUACACGAAGCCGAAUAGUCUAUCACAUGCUGGAGCGUACCAGAUAUGAAAGUGGGAUAUCAAAAGUGGGUAUCCGAAAACUUAUAAACAAUGGCUCAUAUAUAGCAGCAUUUCCCCCACAUGAGGGAGCUUAUAAGAGUAGCCUGCCCAUCAAAACCCAUGGACCUCAGAAUAGAAGACAUCUGUUAUAUGAGCGCUGGGCACGUUGGGGAAUGUGGUACAAGCACCAGCCUCUGGACUUAAUCAGGCUGUACUUUGGUGAGAAGAUUGGGCUGUACUUCGCUUGGCUGGGGUGGUACACUGGCAUGCUGAUUCCUGCGGCAGUGGUUGGCUUGUGUGUUUUCUUCUAUGGAUUGGUUACCAUGAACGAAAGUCAAGUAAGCCAAGAAAUUUGUAAAGCCACAGAAGUUUUCAUGUGCCCUCUGUGUGACAAGAACUGCUCGUUGCAGAGACUCAAUGACAGCUGCAUCUAUGCCAAGGUGACAUAUUUGUUUGAUAAUGGAGGGACAGUCUUCUUUGCUAUUUUUAUGGCGAUAUGGGCCACAGUCUUCUUGGAGUUUUGGAAAAGGAGAAGAAGUGUAUUGACCUAUGCUUGGGACCUUAUUGAAUGGGAAGAAGAAGAGGAAACACUUCGACCCCAAUUUGAAGCCAAAUACUACAAGAUGGAGGUAAUAAAUCCCAUAACAGGAAAACCUGAGCCACAUCAGCCUUCAUCAGACAAAAUUACUCGUCUUCUCGUGUCUGUCUCAGGGAUAUUCUUCAUGAUUUCUCUAGUGAUCACUGCUGUGUUUGCUGUUGUGGUGUACCGCCUGGUGGUCAUGGAACGGUUCGCAUCAUUCAAGUGGAAUUUCAUCAAACAACACUGGCAGUUUGCAACAUCUGCUGCUGCUGUCUGUAUCAAUUUCAUAAUCAUCAUGUUGCUGAAUCUUGCUUAUGAAAAAGUUGCUUACCUCCUCACUAAUUUAGAAUAUCCACGAACAGAAUCUGAAUGGGAAAACAGCUUUGCCCUGAAGAUGUUCCUUUUCCAAUUUGUCAAUCUAAACAGUUCUAUCUUCUAUAUUGCUUUCUUUUUGGGAAGAUUUGUAGGCCAUCCAGGAAAAUACAAUAAACUUUUUGACCGGUGGAGAUUAGAGGAAUGUCAUCCUAGUGGCUGUUUGAUAGACCUCUGUCUCCAGAUGGGUGUUAUCAUGUUUUUGAAGCAAAUAUGGAACAACUUCAUGGAGUUGGGAUACCCGCUGAUCCAGAACUGGUGGUCACGACAUAAAAUCAAGCGGGGAAUCCAAGAUGCCUCCAUACCUCAGUGGGAAAAUGACUGGAAUCUGCAGCCCAUGAACAUACAUGGUCUGAUGGAUGAAUACUUAGAAAUGGUUUUGCAAUUUGGCUUUACCACCAUCUUUGUGGCGGCUUUUCCUCUGGCCCCUCUCUUGGCUUUGUUAAAUAAUAUAAUUGAAAUCAGGCUUGAUGCAUACAAAUUCGUCACCCAGUGGAGGAGGCCUCUGCCAGCCCGAGCAACUGACAUAGGUAUUUGGCUUGGAAUUCUUGAAGGAAUUGGCAUAUUGGCUGUGAUCACCAAUGCAUUUGUAAUUGCUAUUACAUCUGACUACAUCCCACGUUUUGUCUAUGAAUACAAAUAUGGCCCCUGUGCAAAUCAUGUAGAACAGAAUGAAAAUUGCUUAAAGGGAUAUGUCAACAAUAGCCUAUCCUUCUUUGACCUCAGUGAGCUUGGUAUAGGAAAAUCUGGUUAUUGCAGGUACCGAGACUACAGAGGCCCUCCGUGGAGCUCCAAACCCUAUGAGUUCACCUUACAAUACUGGCACAUCCUUGCUGCUCGAUUGGCCUUCAUUAUCGUGUUUGAGCACCUCGUUUUUGGAAUUAAAUCAUUCAUCGCAUACCUGAUUCCAGAUGUACCAAAGGGCCUACACGACCGAAUACGUCGGGAAAAGUACUUAGUCCAGGAAAUGAUGUAUGAGGCUGAACUAGAACAUUUACAACAACAACGGAGACAGAGUGGUCAGCCUGUUCACCACGAGUGGCCUUAGUUGAUACCAUUAGUGCAAGAGGGGAGGUACCAUUAGUUGCAAAAGAAAGACAUCAAUUUGAAAUCUAGAUGAGAUCUAAGAGGAAGGCAUAUUUGGCAAAACAUAGACAUCAUAUGCUACUUGGAAAUAUAUCACAGCAAUCUCUGGAAUUUGGAAUAUCCAGGUUUCUAGAGAAGGAAAGGAUGACUUAUGACCUUAAAAAGAGGUUAGACUGACAAUGUAGGAAGUCAACAUCUAAUUCUCAGAACCAGUCUCAGGGAGUUGUGUGGUUGGAGACCUUCCCCUUCCAUCGGCUGCAGUGUACUAGGAAGGGUGGUAGUGACAUUUCUAGAGAUGAAUGUUCGUGUAAAUAUUCAAAAGCCAGGCGUGAUGUAAAGUAUCACGUGGUCUUCACUCACAUACUAAUCUGACUUUGGAGCCUUCAUUUGAAUUGAGAUGCUUACAUGAAAUGACUUAAAUCAGUUAUUGCCUUUUCUGCCAGAACUCCAUGUUCCUCCAGCUUACAGGUUAGUAGGAAUUUCCCUGACUCUUGAAUUCAUGGAUCUGUUCCAGAAGGAAUUUAUGCUGCUUUGCAUUGACUAUGCAGUUGAAGAGUUGCACAUAACUUUUAGUAGUCAAACCAAAAAUCUAAGAUUCCAAAAAUAAUGCAAUUCAUUGAAAUAAUGUCUAUUCCAUUGGCUACAUUCAAGUCUAUUUUAUUACUGGCAGAGCCAGUUGCACUGCACAUUUUUUAUACUAAAUAACCAUAUAGUUAGAAAAAAAAUGGUUAUUCUUCUAUCAUUUAGAACACAACUGAUCCAUACUUUACUGUGGAAGGCUGUUUUAUAGUAUAUUUAAUGUUUCCCCCUCUGAAUCAUUGCAAAUCUCACAGAAUAUUAUCUUGAUAUGCUGUAAAUAUGUUGAUUUUCCUUGUACCUUUGCACAGUAUGUAAUGCAAGUUUCAAUUUAUAAUGCAGCUCUGAGACCAGUUACACAAUUUGCUAUUGUAAUGUUUAUUCAGGAAUUCUGAAACCAGAUGCUCUACAACACUUGUGAUUUUUCUACCAUGUGCACUCACGAGCUAAUGAAAACAAUGCAUGUAUAUAAAUCUAUAUUAUUUGUAAAAAUACUUUUUGAGUUCUUUUUCAUCAGUGAAGGGAGUUUUCUGUUAUUAUUUCUUUGAUAGUUUGGCUUGCUUUGUUUUUGAAAACUCUGCAGGAAAAAAAAGUCAAAUUAAUUGUGAAAGAGAUCAUUGUUGCUUUGUUGUGGAAUUCCUAUUUUCAGUGUCAAAACUAUCUGUCCACAGUCUGAUAGAGCAAAAAUGAUGGGGCAUUCAGCUAAAGAAAAUCCAGACUAGGCGUUAACUAUGAGGGCAGGAUAAGAAGAAAGAUAAGAGCUAAGGUCAGGCAAUGUAGGGUAGGAGUCAAGGUACUUUUCCUUGCAAAACAAGGAAAUCCAAAUUUUCCUUUCCAGGGAAUGACUCACUCACACACACACACACACACACACACACACAUGCAAGCACACACAUAUAGUAUAUAUGAUUACUGUUGUUUGUCCAAUUCAUUCAUGUCCAAUUAAACAAAACAGUCAUUACCAAAAUUUAAAAGACCAAUUUAGACAUAAUCGAAAAAAGAUCCCUUUGUGUGUAUGUUGGUGUUUCUCUAGUAAGGAAAUUAUAGAGGUUCACUUCUAGAAAAACAUUUUUCUAAUUAUAAUACUGAGGGGGGAAAAAUUCUACCUUUCCUUCUUUUCCUCUGGGGAAAAAGUUAGUAAAUUACAGUUGUUUCAUGAUUCUUUUCCAGGACAAUUACUUCCCUACUUGUCCUCUGAUUUUGAACCAGGGGAAAUAGCCUCACAAAUCCUGGCCAUGCAGGACUCUUCCAUUCAAAUUACAACUAAAUUCUCUAACUACACGAUGGAGUUUCCAACUCCAUUUUUGUAGCACCAGUGUUUCCUUCUCUUUGCUAAUCAUAGGCACAUGCCUGAGUAUAAAUACUGUCUUUGUUUACCUGACAUUGACCUCUUUUCCAAAUUAGGAACACAAAACACGGACAUUUUUCUUACACUGCUGCACAUAAUGAUAGCUGUUUCCUUGACAAUUCAUCUUUUUUCAAGUUUUUAUAUAGGCCCAUCAAGGUUUAAAAGAAUACUGAUUGAUAUGAGAAGAGAAAGAUAUUUUAAUAAAAUUAUAACACAUUAAUUUAGAAAAGGUUUUCCCCGAUAAUCUUGAAACAGGAGUACAAAAUGGAAAAAUUAUCUGAAAUAUUUGACUGUAGCUAUGCCUUCAUCAUUGUUGACAGUACAGUAAUGACAGCCCCUCACAGUGUAUUAUUAGUUUUAGAUUACUUUGCUUUAGUUGAAAGAAAUAUUUUAUAUCUUCAUUUUCAUAUGAAUACAAAUUAUUUCUCAAAGAUUUAUAGCUCACACUAUUCUCAGGAAUUCUGUAUUACACGAAUGCUGCUUAUAUUUUCAUAUUCUAACUUCUUGUCUUUUUAAGCUAAAAAAUAAUGACUCUGUGCAUGCAGUCUGCCUUGAUGAGUUGUUCAAAGCUGAAGAGAUUUCCCAAAGGAUAAUCACUCUAGAUUAUAGCUGAAAUAGUUCACAAUUGUCUGAGUUUGUGCACGUACUUUUAAGUAAAAUGCUGAGUGACUGCAUGAUGAGAUGCAACUUUUAAAUGCUGCAUAUACUUCUAAAUUGACUCGUAGCACAAUCUAUUGUACAAUGGAAUGAAUGCAGAAAUUUUGA